AUGAACGUUGGUCCUCGCGCGGCAGCCGUUGGAACUCGGUUCGUUGGAUUCAGGAGACCGAGGAGGAAGCUCCGUCCCCGGGUAGCAGAGCCGUCCAGCCAAACGGGCAGCAACAUGGAGACCGCCGCGGUGCUUUGCCUUUUCACGGUGGUCUCUGUGUGGGGACAAGCUGUCGCAGAGAAAAAACUGGUCUAUGUGACCGUGGCUCCAAUGCAGCGUUUCCCAGAGCAGCGAGUCUCAGCUCCACGAAACCAGCUUCCACAGCUGACUCGUUUCCUCUCCUUCUUCCAGCUUUUUCGGCACGGUGACCGAUCGCCCAUCAAAGCGUACCCCACCGACCCCUACCAGGAGGGGGACUGGCCCCAGGGCUUUGGCCAGCUGUCACAGGAGGGGAUGCGGCAGCACUUUGAGCUCGGCCAGUUUCUGAGGACCCGAUACAAGAACUUCCUGAACGAGUCCUACAACCGGCGUGAGCUGCUGAACUUCCCUCUGGGAGACUGUCCCCGCUACAAGCAGCUGAUGAACGAAACCGAGCACACAGAGGAGUUCAUUAAUGACGUCAUCGAGCUGGUGAGGAAUAAAACGGGCCUGGAGAAGACCAGCGUGGAGUCCGUCUGGAGCGUGUACGACACGCUCUUCUGCGAGUCCCGCCACAACCUGUCGGCCCCCGCCUGGGUGACCCCCGACCUGAUGGAGAAGCUCCGGAGGCUCAAAGACUUUGGAUUCCAGACAGGAGAAGAGCCGGCUGCAGGGAGCUCCGCCUGGGUGUCCAUGUUCUACCGGAACGACAGCGGCGCGGAGCCCCACCCGCUGCAGCUGCCGGGCUGCGCCCUGCACUGCCCCCUGGAGGACUUUGUGAGCAUUACCAAGCUCUCCAUCUCAGAGGACCGGGACAAGGAGUGCCAGCUGCCCCCCCAGGGCAGAGACAGAGAGGUCAUCAUCAGCCUGGCCCUGUCGGGCUUCCUGCUCCUCAUCCUCAUCGGCCUCCUGCUGGGCGUCAUCUGCUGGCAGAAGGACCCCAGCAGGAGCAGGGGCUACAGUCAUGUGAUCAACCAGGAAGCCGGGGAGGAGUCCUGA